AUGACAUCAUCAUCAGCAGGUAACAGCCUCCACCCUCCAGCCUCCACCCUGCAGCAGGAAGUCGUAGUUUUAGCAGUGGACACACACACACACACGGUCGACCCUCGGCUUACCUCUCACCUGAACAGGUAAGAAAACCAGCAGUACCAGCGCUCUGUACUGGGACUGGACCAGUCUGUGUGUGUGUGUGUGUGUGUGUGUGUGUGUGUGUGUGUGUGUGUGUGUGUGUGUGUGUGUGUGUGUGUUUGUUAAUAAUGUAAAAGACUUUAAAAGUUUCAGACGAGGUUUCUAAAACUGGGAGUGGGGUGUGUGUGUGUGUGUGUGUGUGUGUGUGUGUGUGUGUGUGUGUGUGUGUGUGUGUGUGUGUGUGUGUAUUUUCUCAUCUAUUAGAGAGUUUUGUGGAGUCAACUCUUCAUUUUCCGUCUUUUUAAUCAGACUCUGUUUUGUUGUAAAAUCAGCAGCAGACUCAGACACUCAGACACUCGAACACUCGGACACUCAGACUCAGACACUCAGACUCGGACACUCAGACUCAGACACUCGGACACUCAGACUCAGACACUCGGACACUCAGACUCAGACACUCGGACACUCGAACACUCAGACACUCGGACACUCGGACACUCGGACACUCAGACUCAGACACUCGGACACUCAGACUCAGACACUCGGACACUCAGACUCGGACACUCGGACACUCGAACACUCAGACACUCGGACACUCGGACACUCGGACACUCAGACUCGGACACUCAAACACUCAGACUCGGCUGCAGAGGUUGGAGUUAAUUUUUGUUGUUUUUGUUUUUGACCAAUAAGAGUUGAGAGAGUUUGUUUUUGUUUGUUUGUUAAAGUCUCACAGUCAGACAUGUGUUGGGCUUCAGAUCAUUUUGCAUCAUAUUAUAUCAGAGUGAAUCACAGUGAAUUGUACUUCAUGUUGUAUUUCAAUCUUGUAUCAAACCAAAUCACAGUCUAUAAUAAUGAUUUUAAUCACUUCAUUUACCAAACAGAGUUACAGAAAACUGAAUCUCAGACUCAGAUUUAUUUAUCCAUCACAUUUAAAAACAGUCAGCGGUCGACCAAAGUGCUUCACAGUAAAAUAACCAGAGACAAUAAAACAAUAAAAACUAUAAAAUAAUAAAACAACAAUAUAGAUACACAUAAUAAUAAAUAAAAGACCCCGUAAAAGCAGCUGUACUUCCUGUAAAGCUGAAGUGAGCAGGUGAGUCUAAAACCACCUGAUCAGCUGACCCUCUGACCCGGUCCCUCUGGAUUAAAGGAGGAGGAGUCAGGAGUCUGUUUAAGAAGUAUUUACAAAAAUCUUCUAAUAUCAGUCAAUAGUUAUUAGUUAUUGAUUAUUUGGUAAUAUAUCGAUAUCUCUGUGUUCUCUUAUGUCUGUGUCGUCAACAUUUGAACAUUUUUGAGCGGUCUGCCUCAGCUGACAAAAGCGAGGUUUGACCUUUGCGCUGACCUGUUUGUCAAGUUCAAUAAUAAAACCAAGAUUUCAAGGAGCUGAAGAGGACCUGAACCAGGUCAGGGCGACCGAACACAUGAUAACACAUGAUAACACAUGAUACGAGUCUGUGGACAAAAAGAUCAUAAUUAUGAGAAAUGAACGAUAAUAUUGGAGAUCGAUGAAGGAGACGUCACAAAGCAAUAACCGUAUUUCAGGGUUUCAUUUUCCACUGAUCAGCACAGAUUCAUAUCAGACAGUUUCAGCUUUAAACCGACCGAGCCGACACGUCUUUAUGUUUGUGUGAGAAUAAACUCAGACAGAGGGGAUGACUGACGCCAUAAUCCCAGAUUAAGAGUAAAAGAGGAGCCCGUGUGUCUGUGUUAAACUGGUGGAUCCUGAAAGGUGUGUUAGAAUUCAACAGUUUCCUUUUUCCUUUCCUCAGAGUUAAUCUUUAACUUUCUUUUAGUUCAACUCGGACAAAGUUCCUCAAGGUUCACAAACCUGUUCAAGAGCUGAGAGGACAAACUGAAAAGGUCAAACUGCUCUCUCCGAACACGCCGAGAGGUUUUCAGGCUCUCAGCUCCUCUGCAGCUGUCGCAGAUGUUUUCUUCAUCUCUGUGGUGCAGCUGCAGAAUCUGUUAGAUCAGCUCCAUGAAGGACGAUGUUUGAGGCACGGACGAUCUCAUCUGCACGUCACUGUUUUUAAACUAUGUGAGGAUCGAGAUUCUUCACAGUCUGAAGACAGAUUCAAAGUUUCCUAAAGUUCAUCUGUACCUGUUAUUUAAUCAAACUUUAUUCAUACAGCACCGUUCAUCACAGUUUAGUGUGACUCAAAGCUGCUCAACCGCGAGGAAAAACAAAAAAAAAACCUGAACGACACGGGGGAGCAGCGUCUGCCUCACAACCAAUCAGGUUAGAGGAGGUGGAGAACGGCUUUGUUUACAGUCAGAAAGAGCGGACCGCUCAAAAAUGUUCAAAUGUUGACGACACAGACAGAAGAGAACACAGAGAUAUCGAUAUAUUACCAAAUAAUCAAUAACUAAUAACUAUUGACUGAUACUAGAAGAUUUUUUGAUUCUUUAACGGACUCCUGCCUCCUUCACCUUUAAAACACGGAGACGAACAGACAGAAGUUAAAAUGAAUUAAAUGAUUUUAAAAGAGUUAAAAAAAUAAUGUCAGAAAUUAAAGCUGUCGUGUUUUCGGCUGCAGCUCAUAAAGUCACAAACAUAAAAUCGUCUUCGUAGCUCUAAAAAAACACUGAGACCUGUGUUUAUAAUGUAUAAAUGUAAAGUUCUGAAGGACGUUCAUGUCAGAAAAGUUCUUCAGUAACAGAAACAGACCGACUCUGACUUUAGGAGACAAUAAAAACACUUUAUUAUCGUCAGUGAAUCUUGAACCUGCGACUGAAAUAAAAACCUUCAUUCCUAAUAAACUGAAUCCCUUCACCGACGAGGUUCAGUCUCUCCUCACAGUCUCACGGUGGGAUUAAAAACACACUCUCAGCUGCACACACAGUUGUCUCAUCCUGAAUAAUCUCAUGAAUGUGUGUGUAGAAGUCGAAUCACCGAGCUGAAGUGACUCGGCAGGUCUGACCACCUGCAGACCUGGGAGCGGCUCAGAGGCCGUAAACAGACUGUACUGACUCUCGAACCCGAAUGAGUCACAGCUGGACGGAUGAACCAGCAGACUGACCCCGUAUGAGGAGCCUGAACACACUUCUGUCCGUCCGCUCCUCGUUUCUGCAGGUCGUAAACAAACGCUCUGAGCUGCAGGAAUGUGUGUUAUGUCGGGUCUUUGGUCGUGGCGUGUUUGUAGGUUCGACAAAAGUGUGUGAACACAGAGUCAGGAAGCUGAACGACAGUGAGUGUGAAGAACAGGUGGAGUCUGUCAGUGUUCCAGGAUUCUUCAGAUGAUCCUGUUUGUUCUUUUAUUUACGCUCUAAACUCCGUUUAUUAAUAAACAAUAAAAAGAGGCUUCUUUAACUGUUUCCUCCACCUUUAACUCCUCUGCUCUCCUCCUUCUUUUCUCUGUUUCUAUGGUGAGUAUAAAGAAACACACGUCUCUCAUAUUUAUGAUCUGACUUUGUUGGUUCUGCUCGGUCUUAUCUCUCCUGAUUCAUGGACUCGUUCGAGUCGUCUGAGCUUCAUUAAAAUCUCUUCAGCCUGAGUUUGUUGUUGGAAACUUGGACAUGUGAAGAGUUUUUAAAGAGUCUUAGAGACUCAAAUGUUCGGGUUCAGGUCUCAUAAAGACCUGGUCUGAGACUUUAGAGUUCUUCUUUGACCCAUGUUGGAGUUUUUCAACCACUUUGAAGAAACUCAGACUGAGAUUCAGAAAUCCUGCAGGAGUGAGACGAGAACGAGGGUGAGGGUGAGGGGAGCUGCUCUCUCUCUCUCUCUCUCUCUGUCUCUCUCUCUCUCUCUCUCUCCCUCCCUCUCUCUCUCAUGUCUGAACACGCUCCCACUCCUCCUCCUCCUAUCCGGUCUAACCGCUCAGUCUCUCUCUCUCUCUCUCUCUGUACUCACACAGACUCUUCAAAUUGUCAUAAAUAGAACAAAGAUCGAUGAAUUCUGAGUUUACGUAGAAAAGAAACAAAGAUGACGGAUAACGACGAGUUCAGACGUGAUUUUAAUGAUAUUUUACAGGAUUUGAAGGAUAAUAUUGAUUUUAGAGAAAAAGAUCAUUUUAUACUUUUAACUGAGAAACGAUUGAAGGAAUAAGAAGGAAAACAAACUCUAAAUGUGACUUUGUGUUUGGAUUCUCGGGGACCAGCAAACUUGGAUUUUAGUAGAAAACAGUAAAACCACGAGGCCUUUGACGCCCCCGCUCAUGCAGCCCCGGGUCUCUGACGUUUGAGUCUGGAUCUCAGUUUUUCGUUGAUAUCCAAACGCCUCCGAUGAUCCAGCCUGUUACUGUCAGAAUCUCUCCUUCUUGAAUUUAGUCGUUUAAAUUCACGCAGCAGAGUCGAAACCUGACGUCCUUCUUCUCCUGGCUGUUGACAUGAAACUGAAAAAUACUGAAAUAUCCCUUUAAAUGUGAGACGAGGCGUGUGCAGAGCUACAGGAAGUCCUUAUAAGGAGUGACCCAGGUGAAGGUGUCACAGACCCCGCCCCUCUUUUUGAUCCACGUCUCACAGCGUUUGUUUAUGACCACCUUCAAACUCACGCUCUCAUCGUCACUGACUCUCUGUUUUCUCUUCACAGUGAAACUAUGAGGCGGCGCUCUCCUCUUCCUCUCCUCCUCCUCCUUCUCCUCCUCUUCCUCAUUUCCUCAGUAUGGGGCGCCAAAAAGAAAGAGUUCAGGAUCUGCGCCUACAACCUGCAGAAGUUCAACUCCACCAAAGCGUCAAACUACAGAGUGAUGCACACGCUGACGCGGGUCAGUUCCUCUCAGAGUUCAUGUUUCUGGAUCAGCGCUGACGCCGCGGCGGUCCUGUAGAGUCCAGAACCAAGUUUGAUACUCCUGAGCAAAAACAGACUCGGGUUUGGGUUUAGGGCGGGGUGAACUUUUCUCACAGAACUCCCAGCAACACCCCUGACACCGUGGAAAUGACACAAAGGGCUCAUCUCUCCGAGUUUAAAGGGAUAUUCUGACGUAAAAUUAAUUCAGGGUCAAACCCACCGUAACACUGAGUUAGACCCCGCCCCCUCCAGAGAUGAAUGUUGUCGACCGCUUCCUUCUCUAGUUAUACCAACUUUAGUAACGACCGCAGGAUAGCAAUACAGAGAGCCACGCCCCCAACCAAAACGCCACUCUAUAGCCACAAAUAAUGCUCAGAACAGCACCUAACUUCAUCAACAGGACAUAUAGGGUCACCGCCGUAGGGCGACAUUCAUCUCUGGAGGCGGGGUCUAACUCGGUGUUACGGUGGGUUUGACCCUAAAUUAAUUUUACAGCAGAAUAUCCCUUUAAUGCUUCCAUAUGUCUCGGUGUGUGUCCAGAUCCUGUCUCGCUGUGACAUCAGUCUGCUGCAGGAGGUCAUGGAUCCUCAGGGUAAAGCCAUCAAGACUCUGCUGACGGCCCUCAACAGGUACAGUGAAAGGUAGAGCACCACCUCACACUCACUAAACUCACUAACCUCGUCUUCUCGUGCCUGCCCUCUGGUGGUCUGGGGGUCUACGUGCUUCCAAAAGGUCGUCUUACCGAGAACAUAGGUAUCUGAACAUGAUCAGGUCGAACCCCUGCUGAGAUCUAAAACAUGUAGAAAAAUAUCUGCAGACUAAGAACGAAACCUCGAGGGACGCCACAGCGGGUCGCAGCGUUCUGUUAGAGUAAUGUUAGUAUACAUAUAUUAAUGUUAUUAUACAUAUAUAUGUUAUUUUAUAUAUUUAUGUUAUUAUACAUAUUUAUGUUAUUAUAUAUAUUUAUGUUAUAUAUAUAUUUAUGUUAUUAUACAUAUAUAUUAAUGUUAUUAUACAUAUUAAUGUUAUUAUACAUAUAUACAUAUAUAUAUAUGUAUGUUAUUAUAUGUGGUUUAGACAGGAGGAGGCAGAAUAGAUGGUUUAGAUGUCUGACGGUAAAAUCCACUCGCUUUGUGAGCCCGUCUGACAUGUUUCAGGAUUGUGUUGUUCUGUCGUUAGCCCAGUAUGCGAGAUGGAGGCCGCCAUCUUUGUUUUGGUAUGUUGACCAAUGAGAGACUGUAUCUGUGACCAGCUGACCCAGAAAAUCUGAUUAUUUCCUGCUACAAACCGACACAUUAGCUCCAAAAAUCCUGACCUGAACCAAAUUAGUUCACUCUCAUAACAAAUGCACACAUGAGCUGAAGUGCUCAUGGGAAAUGUAGUCUUCAUACUCGAAAGAACCCUCGUUAGAAAUCAACCCCUGAAAAACUGCUCACUGUCGCUUUAAUGAGAAACGCCGUCAGCUGUGGCGUCUCUCUGAUAAACUGAACAUGGCGGACGAACAGCUGAAGUGUCAACAGAUAAGAACACUAACUUUGCAUCACCUGUUCAUCACUCACCUGUUUGUGUUUGUGUGUUUGUGUUUGUGUUUGUGUUGUCGACCUCUUACAGGGAAACUGACAGGUACGGUGGAUUUUAUGAGCAUGUGACUCGCCGUCUAAUCCUGAUUAAUUAUUCUAAUUAAUCCCUGUCUGUACUAAUCUUAACACCUGUAAUCAGAGGAAACACUUUAUUUAUCGCAGCAGGUCAGCUGAAGGUCAGCUGACGGUCAGCUGACGGUCAGCUGGUUUUGUUGUGGACCAAACUUAAAAUGGGAACAUACCGUAAAAAAACAACAAAAAUCUGAUUUAUGUCUUUUAUUUUUGAAGAAGUGUGGGAUUAAAAUUACGGACCGACUCCAAACUGUGUUCAGAUGGUCUGACAGCUGUUGGACGUUAAUCUCAGUCCUAACUCUCGACAGGAUCAUCCACUAAUGAGACGGUGUUUCUCGGCAGAGUUCAAAAAUAAAGUGUUAACACCAGUUUAUAUUCUUUCACAACACUGCUGAAUAAACACUAAUCUGAUGUGGUCGAAGGUUUACCGACGGAGAAAUGAACGUAGAUUUCAGUUUCUCAUGAAAACACUUUUAUAAAGUUCAGACAAACAAACAAACGUAGUCGACCAAGUACGAAUCCCUGAGGGACACCAGAGAUGAUUUAUUUAAUUUAGGAGGAAACAACCUGAUUUCAUGCUCUCUCUCCUUCUGAUCAAUAAUCAAUAAUGAUCAAUAAUGCCGCAGAUUCUCCUCUAAUACACUACAGGCCAAAAGUUUGGAAGCGCGGCCGUUCCAGGCCAGUUGGGAGUAACUUCAAGUUUUUGUUCACAGUCUUUUUUUAACUCCAGUCUGAUGUAUUUUGGGAUGUAUUUACUCCAUGAUCAGAUGUUACUUUCAGGGAAAUUCACCAUUUUACUUCAUUUACCUUUAGAUAAACAUCGAUGUUAACAGACCAUUGCGAAAUAUAUGUCAGCUAAAGAUAAUAAGGGCUUAGUUUGAGGGUCGAAAACAUUUUCAAGAGUCACAAAAAAACAACAAAUCACAGUUGGAUUAUUCACUUCAACGUUUUGUCUUUUGAGAGUCUGCAGACAAAAAUCCUAAUAAAUCUAAA